AUGGCUACUUACUACAUCAACAACUCGCAUGUCGGUGACAAAGAGAGCUCAGAAGAUUGGCGAAUUCGUGGCUACAACCCUCUCACACCGCCCGAUCUUCUUCAACAUGAAAUCCCUCAGACAGCUGCCUCCAAGCAGACCGUGCUACAAGGACGUGAUGACUGUGUCGCCGUCGUCCAAGGCACCGAUCCUAACCGACGCCUGCUCGUGAUUAUUGGACCUUGCAGCAUCCAUGACCCCGUCUCAGCACUAGACUACUGCGACCGUCUGCUGAAGCUGAAAGAGAAGUACAAGGACGACCUGGUCAUCGUCAUGCGAUCCUACCUAGAGAAACCCCGCACUACCGUCGGCUGGAAAGGCUUGAUCAACGACCCCGAAAUCGAUGGCAGUUUCCUCAUCAACAAGGGCUUGAGACUUAGUAGGCAGCUCUUCGUCGAUCUGACCGCCAAAGGUAUGCCACUAGCCUCUGAAAUGCUCGAUACCAUCUCCCCCCAAUUCCUCGCCGAUCUCCUCUCCAUCGGCGCCGUGGGCGCUCGAACCACCGAAAGUCAGUUGCAUCGGGAGUUAGCGUCCGGGUUGUCGUUCCCUGUGGGUUUCAAGAAUGGUACAGAUGGUACAUUGGGUGUCGCCAUUGACGCCAUCGGUGCCGUGCGCCACCCACAUCAUUUCCUCUCCGUCACAAAACCCGGCGUUGUCGCUAUCGUAGGCACUGUCGGGAAUGAGGACUGUUUCGUCAUCCUGCGUGGCGGUACCACGGGGACGAAUUUCGACAAGGAGAGCAUCAGACAGGCCAAGGAGAAAUUGCAGGCUAAGGGUCUUGCUGCCAAGGUCAUGGUCGAUUGCUCACACGGAAACAGCGAGAAGAACCAUGCCAAUCAGCCCAAGGUUGCAAAGGUCAUCGCGGAGCAGAUCGAGGCAGGUGAAGAGGGAAUCAUGGGUGUCAUGAUUGAAAGUCACAUCAAUGAAGGAAAUCAAAAAGUCCCCAAAGAGGGCAAAACCGGCUUAAAGUAUGGUGUCUCCAUCACCGACGCUUGCAUAGGCUGGGAAGACACCGAAUCUGUACUAGAAGUCCUUGCAUCGAGCGUAAGCAAAAGAAGAGAAAAACUCGGCCCUAAGAGCGCACCAAACGGUACAUCGACGAAGAGCAACGGCGUCACGGAGAACGGACAUUCUUGA